AGUCCAGCCCACUCCUUCAUAAAGCCCUCGCAUCCCAGGAGCGAGCAGAGCCAGGGUAGGAUGGAGAGGAGACGCAUCACCUCCGCUGCUCGCCGCUCCUACGUCUCCUCGGGGGAAAUGAUGGUGGGGGGCCUGGCUCCUGGCCGCCGUCUGGGUCCUGGCACCCGCCUCUCCCUGGCUCGAAUGCCCCCUCCACUCCCGACCCGGGUGGACUUCUCCCUGGCCGGAGCACUCAAUGCUGGCUUCAAGGAGACCCGGGCCAGUGAGCGGGCAGAGAUGAUGGAGCUCAAUGACCGCUUCGCCAGCUACAUCGAGAAGGUUCGCUUCCUGGAACAGCAGAACAAGGCGCUGGCUGCGGAGCUAAAUCAGCUGCGGGCCAAGGAGCCCACCAAGCUGGCCGACGUCUACCAGGCUGAGCUGCGAGAGCUGCGACUGCGGCUCGAUCAACUCACCGCCAACAGUGCCCGGCUGGAGGUCGAGAGGGACAAUCUGGCACAGGACCUGGGCACCGUGAGGCAGAAGCUCCAGGAUGAAACCAACCUGAGGCUGGAAGCCGAGAACAACCUGGCUGCCUAUAGACAGGAAGCAGAUGAAGCCACCCUGGCCCGUCUGGAUCUGGAGAGGAAGAUUGAGUCGCUGGAGGAGGAGAUCCGGUUCUUGAGGAAGAUCCACGAGGAGGAGGUUCGGGAACUCCAGGAGCAGCUGGCCCGACAGCAGGUCCAUGUGGAGCUGGACGUGGCCAAGCCAGACCUCACCGCAGCCCUGAAAGAGAUCCGCACGCAGUAUGAGGCAAUGGCGUCCAGCAACAUGCAUGAAGCUGAGGAGUGGUACCGUUCCAAGUUUGCAGACCUGACAGACGCUGCUGCCCGCAACGCGGAGCUGCUCCGCCAGGCCAAGCACGAGGCCAACGACUACCGGCGCCAGUUGCAGUCCUUGACCUGCGACCUGGAGUCUCUGCGAGGCACGAACGAGUCCCUGGAGAGGCAGAUGCGCGAGCAGGAGGAGCGCCACGCGCGGGAAGCGGCCAGUUACCAAGAGGCGCUGGCGCGGCUGGAGGAAGAGGGGCAGAGCCUCAAGGACGAGAUGGCCCGCCACUUGCAGGAGUACCAGGAGCUGCUCAACGUCAAGCUGGCCCUGGACAUCGAGAUCGCCACCUACAGGAAGCUGCUGGAGGGCGAGGAGAACCGGAUCACCAUUCCUGUGCAGACCUUCUCCAACCUGCAGAUCCGAGGGGGCAAAAGCACCAAAGACGGGGAAAAUCACAAGGUCACAAGACAUCUCAAAAGCCUCACAAUACGAGUUAUACCAAUACAGGCUCACCAGAUUGUAAAUGGAGCACCGCCAGCUCGCGAAACCAGCCUGGACACCAAGUCUGUGUCAGAAGGCCACCUCAAGAGGAACAUUGUGGUGAAGACCGUGGAGAUGCGGGAUGGAGAGGUCAUUAAGGAGUCCAAGCAAGAGCACAAGGAUGUGAUGUGAGGCAGGACCCAGCUGGUGGCCUCUGUCCCAUCUCAUGAGGAGCCCAAGCAGAAGCAGGAUAGUUGCUCCACCUCUGCUGGUGCAUUUCCCCAGACCUGAGCUCCCCGCCACCCCAGCUGCUCCCCUCCCUCUUCUAUCCCUAGGCCAGCUUGCUGCCCUAGGCUCCGUCAGUAUUAGGCCUGCCAGACGGCACCCACCCAGCACCCAGCAACUCCAACUAACAAGAAACUCACCCCCAAGGGGCAGUCUGGAGGGGCAUGGCCAGCAGCUUGGGUUAGAAUGAGGAGGAAGGAGAGAAGGGGAGGAGGGUGGGGAGGACCUACUACAUCGCCCUCCACAUCCCUGAUACCUGUUGUUAUGGAAACUGUUGCCAGAGCUGGAGGUUCUCUCAGGGUAUCUGGGAACUGUGCCUCUGAGUUUCCUCAGGCUGCUGGAGGAAAACUGAGACUCAGACAGGAAAGGGAAGGCCCCACAGACAAGGUAUCCUUGGCCAGAGGCUUGUUUUGUUUUUUGGUUUUUAUGAGGCGAGGUCUCCUAUGCUGCCCAGGCUGACCUUGAACUCCUGGGCUCAAGCAGUCUUCCCACCUCAGCCUCCUGUGUAGCUGGGAUUACAGGCUCGAGCCACCAUGCCCAGCUCAGAGGGUUGUUCUUCUAGACUGACCCUGAUCAGUCUAAGAUGGGUGGGGACGUCCUGCCACAUGGGGCAGUCACCUGCCCAGAUCCCAGAGGGACCUCCUGAGCGAUGACUCAAGUGUCUCAGUCCACCUGAGCUGCCAUCCAGGGGCCCUGUCUGUGGGCAUGCUGUGGGCAGGUGGGGGCUUGAUUCUCAGCACUUGGGGGAUCCGUCAUGUACGUGGAGAGGGAUGGGGUGCUGGGAGGGAUACAGGGGGGCUGCCUGGUCCCCAGUGGUGGGUACAGAGAGGUCAAGCCCAGGAGGACUGCCCCGUGCAGACUGGAAGGGACGCUGGUAGAGAUGGUGGAGGAGGCAAUUGGGACCGCGCUAGGCAUCCAAGUAGGGGUUGUGGGUGACCAGUUGCACUUGGCCUCUGGGUUGUGGGAAUUAAGGAAGUGACUUAUCCUCUUGAAGAUGCUGAAACAGGAGAGAAAGGGGAUGUAUCCAUGGGGGCAGGGCAUGACUUUGUCCCAGUUCUAAAGGCCUCCUCCUUGCUGUGUCAUCCCAGGCCACCCCAGCCUGUGAGCCCCUGGGACUGCUGCUUCUUGACCCCCGUAAGCCACUGCCACAUGUCUGACCCUCUCCACCCCAUAGUGAGCGGCUGCUUUUCCCUAAGCCAAGGGCCUCUUGCAGUCCCUUCUUACUCACACACAAAAUGUACCCAGUAUUUUAGGUAGCGCCAUAUUUUACAAUUUGUAAAACAGGCACGAGCAAAAUGAAGACACUGGCUCAUAUUCCUGCAGCCUGGAGGCCGGGUGCUCAGGGCUGACAUGGCCACCCUAGUACACCCACUCUGCUUUUUAACUGGGCAGACCGGUAAGCAGACUGGUGGGAUCUGUGCCCAGAAAUGGGACUGGGAGGGCCCACUUCAGGGUUCUCCUCUCCCCUCUAAGACUGAAGAAGGGUCCUUCCCCUCUCCCCAAGACUUGGUGUCCUUUCCCUCCACUCCUUCCUGCCGCCUGCUGCUGCUGCUGCUGCUAAUCUUCAGGGCACUGCUGCUGCCUUUAGUCGCUGAGGAAAAAUAAAGACACAUGCUGCGCCCUU